AUGGCUGCAGGAUUGAAAAGCUCCAAUUCCAACACUGAGACGGCGCCAUCAGUAAUGAAAUUGGUCGACAUUGACCCUGAUGGUGAUCUCCGAAUAGAUGCAACCGCAAAUCCUUGCGACCGCUACAGAUUUCGCGUCUGCUCCAAUACCCUUCGUCGACAGUCGCCGGUUUGGAAACAGAUGCUGUUUGGCCCGUGGAAGGAAGCCAGACCUACGGACGGAUCCGCAUGGCUUGUCGAGUUUCCCGAUGACCCUGCCGACCCAUUACACAUCUUACUUUCCAUCAUACACGCCAAAUUCGAGCCUGUCCCGCCUCAUCCAACUGUCUCCAGGAUCCACAGUAUCUUGAUCUUGGCUCACAAAUACGAUAUUACCAGUAUUGCGAGGCCGUGGUGUUCCCAGUGGCUACAAGUUGCUAGCGAACUCAACCCUCCAGCGGCAAAAGUGGUUGAGUCCUUGUACAUCGCAUGGGAAUUAGGCGACGAACACCUCUUCGCUUUGAGACUUGAACAGAUCUCCUUACAGGCUCGAAUCGACUCAGAGGGCCGCUUAGUAUAUGGUGAAAAUAUUGUCCUCGAAGAUGAGAUUCAUCUCGGUCCGCAUGAUGCAUUGGACUAUUUCCGAGAUACGUACGGCUUUACUUAA